UUAAAAGACAAAACAAUAAAAGUAAAUAUUUUGGUUGCUGAUGUUGAAAAUUUUAAGUAGGAUUGCCUUACAAAGAAAUAUCAUCAAAUUCGAAUAAUAUUAGCUUUAAAAAUGGUUAAAAAAGGAAGUGAAACUAAACUUAUGAAAUUCGAUCCGCCGAUAAAAUCUCGCUAUCUUCCAGGCGAGAUCGAUCAAGAUAUAGAAAAGGUCGAUUUCGAAAACUACAAAGGCCAUCGGUUGUACUGCGCAAACAUGAAGGCUGUGAUCGACAAUAAAGCUCCGAAAUUUGACGUAGAGAUAUACUACGAUCGAGAGAAAUUACUCGCGGAUGCACGAGCAGCUAAAAUGAAUUAUAAGGAAAAUUUGGAGAUUACGAAAAACAUCAACACGAUCUUCCGGAUGGGUGGUAAGGUGGACUGCUGGAAUUUUCGGGAGAAAAAGCACAAAACCGAUCAGCUCGAGAAAAAAGAAAUGUACAAACGAAUCAUGAAAGACAACAGAGCCUUGUACGAGAAAGUCAAUGCGCUGAGUAGUGAAUAUUCGCCACGAGUAAUGGCAAAACAUUGGAAAGUGUUGAAAGAGCAAAUAGAGUCAAAGUCAAGGUUUCCCUGGUUUAAAGAAAUAUGCAAGUAUCCAUCGAUCAGUGCUAAUGCAAUUCGACCUUUGGGUGAAAAAUCUGGACGUCGUCCCCGAUGUUUUUUUGACUUAGAAUUGGCACAGAGCAAUCUGCCGCUGGGAAGAAUUGUAAUCGAGCUUUAUGCCGAUUACGUUCCAUUGAUAUGUGCUAAUUUUGAAGCUUUUUGCAAGGGACACAAUGGCUUAUCCUACAGAGGGACUCCCUUUCAUCGCAUAUUGUCCGGGUACUGGUGUCAGGGCGGCGACGUAACGAAAUUCAAUGGAAUCGGCGGAGCUUCGAUUUACGAAGAUAAUACGGUACUCGAUGACAAUUACACCCUGCAACACAGCCGUCCAGGCGUUUUAUCGACCUGUAGCGAUGAUAAAAAAACCUUCGAUUCAAAGUUCAACCUGACAUUCCGUCCACUUCGAACGAUCGAUGACAAGAAGGUAGUUUUUGGAAGAGUCGUCAAAGGAAUUCAAAAUUUAUUUAAAUUGGAAGCUUAUGGAACGAAAUUCGGAAAACCAUUGGAAAAAGUGAUCGUCUCAAAGUGCGGUAUAUUGCAGCUGAAAAGAAUUAGGCACUCGUCCAAGCGACAAAGUAAUCAAAGUAAUAGAACGUCCGACGGAGGCGAAGCAAAUGAAGCAAAUGAAGCAAAUGAAGCAAAUGAAGCAUUAAAUCAUAAAUGAAACAUAGGAAGUUGAAAAUGUAAUGACAGCGAAGAAAACAAAUUUACUACAAUCGCGAUAUAUCUAUAUUGUCUAAGUAGAACAAAUAGAAGCGCGCUGUCGUGAAAAAGAUCGCAAAUAUGCGGUAGCUGCUGUAGACGCGUAUAGGUAUACGAUGAUAAAAUGCUGGAGUAUUUACCAGCUCUUGUUUUACGAAGGCCAUCUAAUCUGCACUGAUAUCAUAGUUUGAGUUAUGUUAUGACUGACUGUUGUGACAUGUCGGAUAGGAUAUCGAUAAUCAUAUGCGUAGUUUUACCGUCAUAAAGUGUAGUAAAAAAAAAUUUUAAACCAAA